CUGGAUGUGCGCAGAGGACGCUGGGCUGGGAAGAUGUUGAGCUCCAUCAAGUGCGUGCUGGUGGGUGACUCGGCUGUGGGCAAGACCUCGCUGCUGGUGCGCUUCACUUCCGAGACCUUCCCGGAGGCCUACAAGCCCACGGUGUAUGAGAACACGGGCGUGGACGUCUUCAUGGACGGCAUCCAGAUCAGCCUGGGCCUCUGGGACACCGCGGGCAACGACGCCUUCCGCAGCAUCCGCCCACUGUCCUACCAGCAGGCCGAUGUGGUGCUCCUGUGCUACUCGGUGGCCAACCACAGCUCCUUCCUGAACCUGAAGAACAAGUGGAUCGGAGAAGUCAGGAGUAACCUGCCCUGCACCCCCGUGCUGGUGGUGGCCACCCAGACCGACCAGCGGGAGGUGGGGCCCCACAGGGCCUCCUGCAUCAACGCCGUCGAAGGCAAGAGGCUGGCCCAGGACGUGAGAGCCAAGGGCUACCUGGAGUGCUCAGCCCUCAGCAACCGGGGCGUGCAGCAGGUGUUCGAGUGUGCCGUCCGCACGGCCGUCAACCAGGCCCGGAGGCGGAACAGAAGGAGACUCUUCUCUAUCAACGAGUGCAAGAUCUUCUGAACCUUGAG